AUGGGUGAUGAUGCCGGGGUGAUGGGUGAUGAUGCCGGGGUGAUGGGUGAUGAUGCCGGGGUGAUGGGUGAUGAUGCCGGGGUGAUGGGUGAUGAUGCCGGGGUGAUGGGUGAUGAUGCCGGGGUGAUGGGUGAUGAUGCCGGGGUGAUGGGUGAUGAUGCCGGGGUGAUGGGUGAUGAUGCCGGGGUGAUGGGUGAUGAUGCCGGGGUGAUGGGUGAUGAUGCCGGGGUGAUGGGUGAUGAUGCCGGGGUGAUGGGUGAUGAUGCCGGGGUGAUGGGUGGUGAUGCCGGGGUGAUGGGUGGUGAUGCCGGGAUGAUGGGUGGUGAUGCCGGGAUGAUGGGUGGUGAUGCCGGGAUGAUGGGUGGUGAUGCCGGGGUGAUGGGUGGUGAUGCCGGGGUGAUGGGUGGUGAUGCCGGGGUGAUGGGUGGUGAUGCCGGGGUGAUGGGUGGUGAUGCCGGGGUGAUGGGUGGUGAUGCCGGGGUGAUGGGUGGUGAUGCCGGGGUGAUGGGUGGUGAUGCCGGGGUGAUGGGUGGUGAUGCCGGGGUGAUGGGUGGUGAUGCCGGGGUGAUGGGUGGUGAUGCCGGGGUGAUGGGUGGUGAUGCCGGGGUGAUGGGUGGUGAUGCCGGGGUGAUGGGUGGUGAUGCCGGGGUGAUGGGUGGUGAUGCCGGGGUGAUGGGUGGUGAUGCCGGGGUGAUGGGUGGUGAUGCCGGGGUGAUGGGUGGUGAUGCCAGGGUGAUGGGUGGUGAUGCCAGGGUGAUGGGUGGUGAUGCCAGGGUGAUGGGUGGUGAUGCCAGGGUGAUGGGUGGUGAUGCCAGGGUGAUGGGUGGUGAUGCCAGGGUGAUGGGUGGUGAUGCCAGGGUGAUGGGUGGUGAUGCCAGGGUGAUGGGUGGUGAUGCCAGGGUGAUGGGUGGUGAUGCCAGGGUGAUGGGUGGUGAUGCCAGGGUGAUGGGUGGUGAUGCCAGGGUGAUGGGUGGUGAUGCCAGGGUGAUGGGUGGUGAUGCCAGGGUGAUGGGUGGUGAUGCCAGGGUGAUGGGUGGUGAUGCCAGGGUGAUGGGUGGUGAUGCCAGGGUGAUGGGUGGUGAUGCCAGGGUGAUGGGUGGUGAUGCCAGGGUGAUGGGUGGUGAUGCCAGGGUGAUGGGUGGUGAUGCCAGGGUGAUGGGUGGUGAUGCCAGGGUGAUGAUGAUUGAUUAG